AGACACACAAUUGCUUUUUGAGCAUGUUGCGGUGCUCUUAUAACGGAGCCACUGGCUGAUUACUCGUGAUUGAUCAUUUUAUAGCUUCUCUAAUGAUUAUGCCUGCAUAGUAAUUGAGGGAAAAGUAAACAAUAGCCACUGGGGAAUCCAGUGACUGCAGCAGCGCGCGUCAGACUGCCAUCACUCCUCGCGCUCAAGGCUGUUAGUGCACACGCGUAAUGUACAGAGCAGUCAGAGACAGGGGCUUGUAGUGGACAUUUCCCCAUUUCUCCAAAUGCAUUACUAGUGCAAAGUUUGUCAAGGGGUUUGCUUAUAAACUGUAAAAAAAAAAAAAAAGUCUUGGCAGAAUAUUCCGGACAGAAUAUUUUCUCAGAUGUGCUGGAAGACGCCGAGAAGUUGGAGAUAUAUGGAUUUUCAUUUUAAGGGGUGAAUUUCUUAAUUUGGACAGACCACCAUGCGCAGGUUGCCGUGCCUUGCCUCCGAGCCAAAAGGAGAAAUAUCACUGUGCUACUGACAGGAAUUUUACGCGCAGCUGAACAAGGAUGCCAGAGGAGCUCGCAAACUGCACUGUGUGUUGCUGUACCACGACCAAUAAGAUAUUCAUGGUGGUCUUCAUGAUAUCACUGAUACUGGCUAUACUCUUCGGAAACCUCCUGACAUUAGCAGUGGUCGUUGGAACUAAACAUUUCCACACUCCACAGGGUUAUUUAAAAGCCUCACUGGCCGUGGCAGACCUGGCUGUGGGAAUUUUUGUGGUGCCCGUCUCCGUUUACGCAGAAGUAUCUCUCAUGAUCUACAAUUCAAUGCCAGAGUGGACAGCGCGCAAUUCCCAAACCACACCUCUCCACCCGUGCAAUUUUAUCGGACCUGUGUUUGCGGGAUGCACUUUAGUUUCCAUUACAACAAUUUUCCUCCUGACCAUUGAAAGGAGCAUUGCGGUUUUGAGGCCACUGCACAAGGAAUCAGUCAUAACUAAAAAAAGAACAAGCAUACUAAUAGUCUUUUCCUGGAUGGGCAGUUUUUUCCUGGCAAUAGCUCCAUUGGUUUUCAGUGAUGAAAUUGCGCUGGAGUACAAUCCUUGCAGCCGCAUGUGCAAUUACGCGCUUGGAAGCGCAGACUUCCCUUCCCAAGCUUGGAACAUUCUCUUGCUCUUCCCUGCCUUUGACUUUACGCUGCUCGGAGGUACUAUUGUCAUCAAUAUCAUAUCCCUCACCACGAUCCGCCAGCAUUCAAAAAGAAGAAAACACCUCGCAGAAACCGAGAGUCAAAGCUCAACGAAACCAACCUUCUCCGACAUCAAAGCUGCCAAGACAAUAGGCACUCUGACGUUGGCUUUCACCGCUUCUUUCACUCCCAUCGCCGUGUUCGUAGUUGGAAAUGUGCUGGGAAACGAAUGGUGCAAUUUUGCCUUUUUUGCCUUUUGGAUUUUGACCUCGAACAGCUGCUGUAAUGUUAUUAUAUAUGGCGUAAGAGACCAGAAGUUUAGAAGUCGCGCGUAUCAGCUGCUCAUAUCCGCUCAAUUGAACACUGCGCCUAAAAAGACUGAGUAUGAAAAUACUGUAAAUGGAGGGAAAGACAAUGAGGAAAUAGUCAAGCAAACCUAAUUAAUGAUAUUACUGAGCAGUAGCCCGAUUUAGGCGGUGCUUAUUGUAUUAGUAUCUGGUUUCUAGCUGGGCAUUAGAUGGACCAAGCUGGUUAAAAUGGAUUUGUUGCUGCUCCAAGGUCUACCAGACCAACUAGAAAUACAGCUGCCAGCUUAACCUGCCAUCUUUUCCAGUCCCCCUGGAUCGACUUGAGGCUAACUGGCUUUUUCCAAGACACAUUGAGGAUAUGGAUCAUUCCUUAUAAUAAAAUGUUUUGAUUAUCAUCCUAGCCUAAAUAUCCAACUGUUAGGCCACAGGAUGCCUAUUGAUGCCAGUGUGAUUUAAGGCCUUCAUAACCACCUGUUAAGCGGCAUAUGUCACUAUUCUCAGGUCACCUCUUUUGAUUUAUUCUAAACUUUGCAUGACUGAUUGCAUUAUGUCACAAGAUCUCAACUUGUAUUUGAAUAUAUCCAUAAGCAUGGAUAAUACAGUCCCACCAAAAAAAAAAGGGGUGGGGGGUGUCUUCAUAGAUAUUACAUGGAUGCUUCUGUAGAAUUUUAAUUUGGCUUCUUUAUUCAUUGUGGAGAACUGAUAUUUUGAGACAUUGUGGCUUUAAUAAAAUGUGUGUAUAUACACUGGUCAAGAACUGAUAAAGUACACAUUAUUAUAGGGUUAAUUGUUUAUUGGCUUAUGUAAUUUUUUAUAAUAAAAACAGUGUUAGAAG